CCACCGAGUAUGACGUCUGUCCUGCAGGCCUGCUGGCUACUGUCCGUCUCCAUCGGCAAUAUGUUGGUAGUUGUUAUUGCUGAACUGAAAUUCUUCGACUCACAGGCUGCCGAAUUCGCGCUUUUUGCCGCACUCAUGAUUGUCGACAUGUUCAUUUUCGUCCUACUCACUAUUUCGUACAAAUAUGUGGAGCACGGCGAGGAUCCUGAAGCUAAUCAAGUAGUGGUUACGCCCAAUAUCUCCAAGCAAAGAGAAGCCGAGCGAGAAACCUACAUCGGCAAUAGAGGAAAUGGGCACUUCAAUGAGGCUUACGAAGGAGAGCGUUAAACACAUAGACUGCAGCUAUAUUUAUUUUAUGUAUAUGUAAUUAAAAUUUGAUAGGUUUGUUUUUUAAGUAUUUGGCAAAUUAUUAUACGCGUAGUUUUGUCGGCCAGCCAA